CUUCCAAUUUCUCAUUCGUCUUUUUUAUAUAUACUCUAAAAUAACAAGGAGAAAAUUAAAAUCCAGGAAUAAAAGAAUGGACGGAAUCUGUACCGAGUCCGUUAACGGCGGACGGGAUGUCUGGAGCUCUUCCAAUUCCUCCGCUUCAACUGCAGAUCAUCUCGUUGUUAUGGUUAACGGAAUACUCGGCAGUGCUGCUGAUUGGAAAUUUGCAGCUGACCAACUUGUUAGAACAAUUCCAGAUAAAUUAAUAGUUCACUGUAGUGAACGCAAUGUGUCCAAGCUCACACUAGAUGGCGUUGAUGUCAUGGGCGAGCGAUUAGCAGAGGAGAUUCUGGAAGUCAUUCGGCAAAAGCCAGAAGUUAGGAAGAUUUCCUUCAUUGCACAUUCUGUGGGAGGAUUGGUAGCAAGAUAUACAAUUGGGAGACUAUAUAGACACCCUAGAAGAGAAAAUUCAGAAAUAGAAUCUGUCGGAGCCCAGGAUGAAGAUUCAAGGGGUACAAUAUCUGGUCUGGAGGCGAUGAAUUUUAUUACUGUCGCUACCCCUCAUCUUGGUUCCAGAGGUAACAAACAGGUUCCAUUUCUUUUCGGCGUCCCCUUUUUUGAGAGAGCUGCAUGUAUUGUUAUUCACUUGAUAUUUAGGAGAACUGGUCGGCAUCUUUUUCUUAAUGAUAAUGAUGAAGGGCAGCCUCCACUGUUGCAGCGCAUGGUGGAUGAUUAUGGUGACCUUUACUUUAUGUCUGCUCUGCGUGCAUUCGGACGCCGAGUGGUAUAUUCUAAUGUCGGUUAUGAUCAUAUUGUUGGGUGGAGAACAUCAUCAAUCAGACGUAAUUGUGAACUGCCAAAGUGGGAGGAUUCUGUAAGCGAGAAAUAUCCACACAUUGUAUAUGAAGAACAAUCAAAGGGAAAUGAUGCUGAAGAGGGUGAACAGGUUUCAAUUGGAGAUGAUGGUUCUGAUACGCUAGAAGAAGAGCUGGUGGCAGGUCUCUCACGCGUGUCAUGGGAGAAGGUUGAUGUUAGCUUUCACAGCAGCAAACGAAGAUUUGCUGCACAUAGUCUCAUUCAGGUCGUGGUGCUAUGCAAACCAGUUUUGAUGCUUAACUCAUGACGGAAAGAGUCCCAAGGGUUCUUCAAAAGAAAAAUCAUCUGCAUAGGGAAAAUCCAAAAAUAUGAUUCUUCCGAUAACUUUUUUGGAACACAUUUUUCUUUGUUUAUUUACUACUAGAACUCUGUUGGUAUUAUUUUAAAAGGAUCUCCUUGGGAAGCUAAAUCUUGUGCAAACAAGAAACCAAUUAAAACGAGAGACUGCCUUAAAAAAUAAUUACUAGAUUGAACCUAUCCUCUAACUAGAAUGAAAAUCUAAAGAGGCAUACUGAAACCAUCAAAUGUUUUACCGGUAUCUACACUGUAUCAUAACUCUUCUUGAGUAGAUACUCAUUAACUACUGAAAAAACUGAACCCGUGGCUGUGCAUCACACAAUGUAUUUCAAGCAAUCUCUACCAACAUACCAUAUCGUUUUGCUUUUCGUUGAAGUUCCAAUAUGGAAGUAUCCAACACCAAUCUGCAUCUGUUCAGCAUAGCAUGCAUGCGAAGCUAACCUCACCAAUCACAAUUCCCAGAUCUUUCCUGAUGGAGCAAUUGCCCUUUCCAACCUUUUU